AUGAGUUCAAGAUCUAUAUCAAAUGAUUCCAAAAAGAUUGAUACAUCAAGUGAUAAAGAUCAAGAUAUAACUACAGGUGAAGUCAUAACUUCUUUCAUCUCACCAUUAAACAAUACAAAAGAUAUAGAGAAGAAUGCAGAUGAAGCUCUUACGCUUGCCUUAGCAAAUCAAGAUAGACAUAUUGAACUUGACCCCAAAGCAACCAAAAGAUUGAUUAGAAAAGUUGAUUUUUGUAUCUUACCAAUGAUUGGGAUUUUAUAUGCAUGUCAAUUUAUGGAUAAAAUCACACAUUCUUAUGCUGCUGUUAUGGGUCUCAAGAUUGAUUUAGGAAUGAAAGGUGAUAUGUAUGCAUGGACUGCUACAAUUUUUUGGCUUGGUUAUUUAAUAUUUGAAUUUCCUGCAAGUUAUAUGCUUCAAAAAUUUCCCUUAUCUAAAAUGACUUCAAUUUUUAUAUUUAUUUGGGGUGUUAUAUUAUGUUUACAUGCUGUUCCAAAUUAUGCUGGAUUUUUAACAUUGAGAUUUCUUUUAGGUGUUUUUGAAAGUUCAAUUUCACCAGCAAUGGUUAUAUUAACUAGUCAAUGGUAUCCUAAAGAAUUACAUUUCCAAAGAACUUGUUUUUGGUUUGCUUGUAAUGGGAUUGGUAUUAUGAUGGGUGGUGCAAUUGCUUAUGGAUGUGCUAUAAAUGCCGAAUCAUAUCCAUUUGAAGCAUGGAAACUUUUAUUCAUUGUUACAGGUUUAAUGACUAUUGUUUUAUCUUUCCUUUUCGCUUUACAUAUCCCUGAUACACCGGCAAAAGCAUGGUUCUUAUCAUCUGAUGAAAAAUUAUUGAUUGUGGAAAUUAUUAGAAAUAAUCAACAAGGUUUUGGUAAUAAACAUUUUAAAAAAUAUCAAUUCAUUGAAACCAUGAAAGAUCCAUUAACUUGGAUGUAUUUUUGGUUUGCAUUAAUAAGUAAUAUACCAAAUGGUUCAUUAACAAAUUUUGGUAGUAUUUUAUUAUCAGAAGAUUUUGGUUAUGAUGCUAAAUCAAGUCUUUUAAUGAAUAUGCCAUGUGGUGCUGUUGAGUUUGUUGGAUGUAUUAGUAUUUCAAUGUUGGCUUAUAAGAUUAAAAGAACUUUUGUAUCAAUGUUUGCAAUGGUUUUAGCAUUAUUGGCAUCAUGUCUUUUAGCAUUUCCUGAGAAUAAUAAUAAUGCAAGAUUAGCAGGUUAUUAUCUAGAGUAUAUUUUCCCAUUAUCUAUGAUGUGUGCAUUGUCUUUAAUUGCAUCUAAUACAGCGGGUCAUACAAAGAAAAUCACCACUACUGCAAUAUAUUUCAUUGGGUUAUGUACUGGGAAUCUUAUUGGACCUCAAACUUUCACAGGGGCUCCUUAUACAGGUGGGAAGAUUGUCAUUGUUGCUUGUAAUGUUAUAACUUUGAUCAUCAUCAUUAUGACUUAUUUUUAUUAUAAGUAUUUGAAUAAGAAGAAACAAGAGAAUCUAGCAAAGAUGAGUGAAGAAGAGUUGAAAGCUUUUGAAAAUACAGAAUUUGCUGAUUUAACUGAUAGAGAAAAUCCAAAUUUUAAAUAUAGUUUAUAG